CAGAAAAUCAAAAUUUACAACAAGAAGCUUGGCUGUUUCUGGAGCAAAAUUUUGAAAAUCUAGACAAAUUUUAGCAGUUUUUCGUCUUUAAACAAUGUACGACGACGACGAAGAGCAAGAAGAAGGGCCAAAGAGCUCGUUCACGACAUAUUUAGCCGAAGGAGACGUUUUAUUCAAGCAGGGGGAGUUCAAGAAAGCGCUAGAUAGCUAUAAUUUGGUUCGUAUGUUUUGUGGAAGUUUUGUCUUCGUUUUAAACAGUUCUUAACUUUAGUUAAGGUCGUUAAGCGUAGGUCAGACACGGAAAUUUUAUUUGACGAUUUCUAUUGGAGGACUUAUUUUAAUACACAUACAGUUUAAAUUAAAUGUUUUGUGAAAACGUAAAAAAAUAUAUUUCAUUUUCCUUGUUCACUGAAGAUAUUAAAGUAAAAGACGUCAAAAGGAAGUGUAUGUUUUUACUGGGAAUGAACUCAAAAGCCCACAGAGUCCCAGUUUAAUAUAUGUCUGUGUGUGUGAGAAAUGUAGAAAAUGUUUGCAUGAAACAUUGUGGUGUCCAGAUAGAGUUCCUGCAGUUAGAAAGUGUUAAUAGGUUUCUGCAGAGUUCCUGCAGUUAGAAAGUGUUUUUGUCAAAUCAGAAAUUUGUGUUCACAUAGAAAUUUUGCACAGAUUCUCCAAAAUUUGUUUGCCGUUUUCACAAAUUGAGGGAAUUUGCGCAGGAGACUAAUUUCCACCCAGGCCAAAACUGUACAAUCCAAAUAUUCCCAGGAGGGGUGGGUGGUCCUGUUGAGGCAGUGGUGUGCUGUCUCCCUUUCUUCAAGUGGAAGGAACUUGACGGGGUUUUUUCCAUCACCAGGCUUUGGAACUGAAGCCGACGGAGAAAUUUGCUCUUGUUGCAAGAUCCAGAUGUCAUCUUCAACUUGGAGAUACCGAGUCUGCUUUGAAAGAUGCUGAAACAGCACUAGAGGAUGACAAAGAAUUUAUACGGGUAAGAAUUUCUUCAUUUCUUUGGCAAGGAUCAAACUGCUAAAUGCAUUUGAAAUAAGGGACAACCCAUAGAUGGAUUUUCAGAUUUUGCUCUUCGGGGCGCUGAAAAUUUAGCAGGGGAGUUACAGGGGUGUAGGGGCACAGUCUGCAGGGGUGUGGUCACCCGGGUGGGGAAGUUAGGGGGAUAAGUGGAAAAUUUUGAGACUUUUUAUUUGGUACAAAAUCCUUAUUUCAAUAAUACCACUGUCAUUCAAUCCAACAAAAGCAUUUAAAUUUCAGGGGGGUGUAAAUUUCUCUAGGUGGGGUGGGAAAACUUGUUGAUGUUCUGAGUAUGUGUGCUAUAUGUACCCUUAUUUUUAUCUGAUUCACUAUAGGCUUUAUACCAGAAAGCAGAAGCACUUUACUCGAUGGGAGAUUUUGAGCAUGCUUUGGUAUUCUAUCACCGUGGAAACAAGUUGAGACCUGAACAACAGGAGUUCAGGCUGGGCAUACAGAAAGCGCAAGAAGCCAUCGAUAACUCUAUUGGACGUAAGAAUAUAAUAAAUAGAUAAUUAUAGCAGGGUUCGAUAAUUUGCAUACGUACGCCAAUAUUAGACCAUAUUACUGUCUGGUACUUCUUUGUUUUCAGCCACGUACAACGUAGGUACGCGGAACUCUUGCUAGCUGCGUACUUAUUUUUUGCUGGUAGCACAUGACCUUUCCAAGUCCAAGGUAUUCAAUACCGUAAUUUAGUUGGUAUAUCAUGUGUCUGAGAUGUCUUGGCAUGAAACAUGAUUGCACUGAUGGCACUAAGAAACGUUGGAGUCGGUUGUUUGAAAUAGCAAAACUCCGUUUUUAAAUAGCAUAACACCCUUUUCAAAUAGCAAAACACCCUUUUCAAAUAGCAAAACAUCCUUUUCAAAUAGCAAAACACCCUUUUCAAAUAGUAAAACACCCUUUUCAAAUAGCAAAACUCCGUUUUCAAAUAGCAAAACUCCGUUUUCAAAUAGCAAAACUCCCGUUUCAGAGAGCAAAACUCCCUUUUCAAAUAGCAAAACUCCCUUUUCAAAUAGCAAAACUUCCCUUUUCAAAUGGCAAAACACCCUUUUCAAAUGGCAAAACACCCUUUUCAAAUGGCAAAACUCCCUUUCCAAAGAGCAAAACUCCCUUUUCAAAUAGCAAAACUCCCUUUCCGUUUCAAAUAACAAAACUCCCUUUUCAAAUAGCAAAAAUCCCUUUUCAAAUAGCAAACACCCUUUUCAAAUAGCAAAACACCCUUUUCAAAUAGCAAAACAUCCUUUUCAAAUAGCAAAACACCAUUUUCAAAUAGUAAAACACCCUUUUCAAAUAGCAAAACUCCGUUUUCAAAUAGCAAAACUCCGUUUUCAAAAAGCAAAACUCCCGUUUCAGAGAGCAAAACUCCCUUUUUAAAUAGCAAAACUCCCUUUUCAAAUAGCAAAACACCCUUUUCAAAUAGCAAAACACCCUUUCCGUUUCAAAUGGCAAAACUCCCUUUCCAAAGAGCAAAACUCCCUUUUCAAAUAGCAAAACACCCUUUUCGAAUAGCAAAACUCCCUUUUUAAAUAGCAAAACUCCGUUUUUAAAUAGCAAAACUUUCUUUUCAAAUAAGCAAAACUGCCUCUUCAAAUAGCAAAACUCCCUUUUCAAAUAGCAAAACUCCGUUUGCUACCUCGUAGUCUGAACAUACUUUUCAGAAACCUCUACUUUGUGAACCUUAUUGUAAAGACUAAGUACACAUUGAGUAUUGAGUUUGUUAUAGCGCAAGUACGCGGCAACAACCAUUGGCGUACCAGUCAGGUACGACUAGAAAUCUUGAAUGAUCGCACCCUGAUUAUAGUUAAUUUGAUUAUCAAUUAAUUGAAUGAGUAAAUUUUGUCUUUUGGUAUUCUGCAGGUGCUGCUAAAAUUAAAUUGGAAAAUAAGGGUGAUCUAUCAUUCUUUGCAAAACAAGAUGAAGUGGUGAGCAUAUACACCCAAUACUUGUUCUGCAUGUGCAUCACACACAUAGUUUAUACGUUAUAUAUAUUUAUUGUUAAUUUUGUGUGUUUGUGGAUAGAAAAAGCCCAAAGGAUAUGUGAAGCCAAAAGCUGUGAACAGAAGCCAACAGCAACAACAGACGAACAGAGGAAAGAAUACCAAACCUGCCCCAUCUUCAACAAAGACUGUCAAACAAGUAAGAAGAUUUGUGUGUCAAUCAAAUUGAAAUUGUACCGUGAUCCAUUCUUUAGACUGAGUUAAACUCACAUCAUGUAUUUUGAAUCAAAUUUAGUUGUUAGGUGAACUCUAUGCAGACAAACAGUACUUGGAAAAUUUAUUAAAUGACAAAGGUAUUUGCAAUUUUUCUGCUAUGUUUCACUAUUGAACAGGGUUAGACAUUUGCAGUAUCUUGAUAUCCACAGGAUACUAGAAUUUGGUUUUGGAUACCAAAUUGUGAAUGACUUGUAUCCUGACUGGACAUUACAAAAUUUCAAACAUUAGGAUAAUGCUAAACAGGGACCUAGCCAGGAUUAUCAAUCUACCCAUCCAAAAGGAAUAGGGAGUUUAAGCUUCACGUUUCCGGGCAACGGCAAACGGCAGUUUCGAACUUUCUUGGCAUAAUUUUCGUUGAACGUUUUCGUUCCAUAUUUUCUUUCUUGUGUCGAAAGAAUAAUCAUGCACUGCAGUUUUAAAACAACAAGCUCAUUUACUCUUUAUUGCCUGAUACCGUAAUUUUUUUCUUUUCCUGGCGUUUGCCGUUUGACGUAUAAACGCGAAGCUUAAACUCUCUAAUAAAUUUGAAAUCAGAUCUUUAUCUUCUAAAAACGUGAUUUUUAGCAGUCAAAAGAACACGUGUGAAAUUGCACAGUCAAAAUUGAAGAGCAAACAGCAUAGUUGACCUCACGAACAUAAUCGCCGAAGUUUUUGUUAAAAUCAGCUUAAAACACUAAAUAUUUCGCUAAUAUAUUAUAUAUAGGGAUUUGUAACUUAUUUGCUUGUGGAUGUAUGUGCAGGGAUGUACAGUGACUGUUGAAUGUCAUGUUGUCGCAAAAUUUAAGCUUGUACUGUAUAUGGUUGUGUAUGAGUCUGCCUUGUUGAAAAUAAGCAGCCUUUGAUUUCCAACCUGGUGGUCUAGUUAUUGACUGUUGAGUCUCCUCAAAUUGUGAAUCUUGUCUUAGGGUGUACAUUCCAUCUUCUAGGUUUCGUCCAAGGCAACAAUGACAGCACAAUCUAUGGACUGAUCUCUGGUGGUAUAAACUACCUGGACUCGCGCACUGAAUUCUGGCGUCAACAGAAACCACUGUAUGCACGCAAGAAAGAGAAACCCUUACUACACCGGAAUAAACCCAAACAAAAAACCGAAGAUCCUGCCGACUUUGUCGUUCGCUCUCUGGACGAAAUCGACCAGAAAUUAUCUGACGGUGACGAGCAAGGCAGUUUAAAACAGGCUGAGAACACGCUACGACAGGUGAAAGGCAUGAACGAUAAAGCAAUACCCAACAAACAAGAAGUCGUUGCAAAUCUACAUUCCUGCAUUGGCAAUGCUCAGCUGGAAUUAGGCGAGCCUGCAAAAGCUUUGGAGAAUCACAAAAAAGAUUUGAAUAUUUCUAAGAAACUGUACGUGAAUUGAAAAUUUGUUUUUCUAGUACAAGCUGUUAAAACUCAAACUGAAUGACCCAAAUAUUACAUAUAAAAAAUCAUAGUGGUGACACUUUAAGUCAAAAUUUCACAUCUUGCUUUGUGUAGUGAAAGCAGAGACGGUAUAUCUCGUGCAUUGGAUAACAUCGGCCGCUGUCAUGCGAGAAUCGGUCAGUUCGCUCAAGCCAUAGAUAGCUGGAUGGAAAAACUACCAUUGAGCAAGACACCUUUGGAAACCACGUGGUUGCAUCAUGAAAUAGGACGAUGUUACCUGGAACAGAAGAAUUACCAGGACGCAUUAGAAUGUGGUCAGCGGUCACUCGCAUCGGCACAGGAAGCCCAGGAGAAAGUAUGGGAGCUCAAUGCAACUGUACUGAUCGCGCAGUCGCAAGGUAGGUCCGUUGUGUUGUGUGUUUUAAAGUUGCUCAUGAGGACGUGAGGUUUAUAUAAUAUUCCUGAAAAGAUUCAACGAAAAUUGAUACUUCGAGAAAAUUUUCUGGAGUCAGUUUAAUGAAUCGAGAGAUUACUUUCAUACUGACGAGUCUUUUAUAAAUUUUAUCUUGUUGAAAAAUGAAGACAGAAAAACAGCAUACUAUAGUUUGGUUCUAAAGUUUUAGAACCUAGCUCAUACCAAUAGAAAAUCUUGCGACAAUAAAAAUGUGCGGAUAAGGUGACCUCCCUAAAUUUUCACCCAUUAAUGAAUCCGCUAAAUUGUUGAUAAUGACCAAAAUGGCGGAAAAUUUACACCAAGUUAGGCCAAAAGCUUUACCGGAUAUUCUCAUAACAUUUCUAUGAAUAUUAACGCGAUUCAAUACUGUUGUUUUGUGCAGUCAAACUGGGCGAGUUGGAAGCAUCACUCGACUCGUUUCAAAAUGCUCGUGAGAUCGCCGAAAGCUUAGACGACAAAGCCGCUGAGAUCGCCAUUGCAAAGGCAAUUGGUGACGUCCAGGACAGAAUAAACAAAGGUAUUGUUAUAUAUUCUUAUCUUAUUAUUUCGCACGUUUGUUAAACUAAAGUUGUGGUAUAUAGUUCCUGUUUGCCUCACAUGAAGUUAAUCCAGUUAUUCUGAGUACUUUAACUACUUUGUGUGUGUGUUGGUGUGAUGUACUCAGGUAAAUAUGUUGUUUGUGGUGUUACUCUCUGAGAGACACACUUGGCAAGCUGAAAAGUUAGCCUGACCAUGGUGGGAAUCGAACCCGCGACCUUUGGGAUACAAGUCCAAUGCUCUACCAACUGAGCUACGAGGUCAAGUCGGUUCGAGUUAGUGGUAUCCCAAACGUCGCCAUAAAUAAUGAGGGUUUGCACACGGGUUAGUGCACGUGUGUUAGCUUAUUCGCCAAAUGGUAGUCACUGUUGUAUUAGCUUCAGAAAAAAACCUGACACACUAACACUGUUGUUCAGGUGUGGAACCAGACGACACGACUACCACCCAAGAUGGUCCGGACGAAUCCCAACAGCGACAAGAAGAUGAAGAGAAAACAGAGGACCUCACGGGAUAUAGCAGUGAACAGCAGGAUAAAGAUGGACAUUAUGAUGAAAACCCUGAUGGAUAUCGUGAGAAUGAUGAUACGGAAUUUGAUUCUAAGGACACCGGUGGUGCAACUGUCGACGACUCAGGAGAAAAAACACGUGAAAGCGAGGCUACGUUCACCGAAGAAACUGGCACAUCGUGAAAUGUCUUUUUACUAAUAUGGAAUAAAUAUGCAUAAUGCUUAGUAGUGUAUUAUAUCAAUUGGGAUUUCUUAUAUGUUACUUUAAUACAGUAGUAGGAAAAAUUUCGGUAUUUUAUGUUUGUGUAAAUAAAUGUACUACGCACCCAGGCUGAAAAUAGUUGGGCUGUGCCUUUGGUGAUUACUUAGACACUAGACUUUCCCAAAUUUUCGCGGUUCGUAUGUACGCUGAUUAGAUACGUGCAAGCCAGGUGUGAUUGUUAGUUCAAGACCAUUUUCAUGCAUCGCUUCCCGCCCGCAUUUUUGCGCGUCCAGGGCAUGCCCGUUCGCAGGUUAGUUGGCACCAUUGCGCGC